AUGUUGUUUAUGAGGACUAAACACACUUCAGAAAAUGGUGUCCCUGGCAUGAGCAGUGUCCCUGCUCAUGCCUUGGUCCCUGCUCGUGCUAGGGACACUAUUUAUGCCAGGGACACUGUUCAUACUAGGGACACUGCUCAUGCCAGGGUCACUGCUCAUGCCAGUGUCCCUGCUCAUGCCAGGGUCCCUGCUCAUACCAGGGUCACUCCUCAUGCCAGGGUCACUGCUCAUGCCAGGGUCACUGCUCAUGCCAGUGUCCCUGCUCAUGCCAGGGUCCCUGCUCAUACCAGGGACACUGCUCAUGCCAGGGACACUGCUCAUGCUAGGGACACUUCUCAUACUAGGCACACUGCUCAUACCAGGGACACUGCUCAUACUAGGGACACUGCUCAUGCUAGGGACACUGCUCAUACUAGGGACACUGCUCAUACUAGGGACACUGCUCAUACUAGGGACACUGCUCAUGCUAGGGACACUGCUCAUACUAGGGACACUGCUCAUACUAGGGACACUGCUCAUACUAGGGACACUGCUCAUGCUAGGGACACUGCUCAUACUAGGGACACUGCUCAUAAUAGGGACACUGCUCAUACUAGGGACACUGCUCAUACUAGGGACACUGCUCAUACCAGGGACACUGCUCAUACUAGGGACACUGCUCAUACCAGGGACACUGCUCAUACUAGGGACACUGCUCAUGCUAGGGACACUGCUCAUACUAGGGACACUGCUCAUGCUAGGGACACUGUUCAUACUAGGGACAUUGCUCAUGCUAGGGACACUGCUCAUGCUAGGGACACUGCUCAUACCAGGGACACUGCUCAUACCAGGGACACUGCUCAUACUAGGGACACUGCUCAUGCUAGGGACACUGCUCAUACUAGGGACACUGCUCAUGCUAGGGACACUGUUCAUACUAGGGACACUGCUCAUGCUAGGGACACUGCUCAUGCUAGGGACACUGUUUAUACUAGGGACACUGCUCAUGCUAGGGACACUGUUUAUACUAGGGACACUGCUCAUACUAGGGACAUUGCUCAUACUAGGGAUACUGCUCAUACUAGGGACACUGCUCAUGCUAGGGAUACUGCUCAUACUAGGGACACUGCUCAUUCCAGGGACACUGCUCAUACUAGGGACACUGCCAAUACUAGGGACACUGCUCAUACUAGGGACACUAUUCAUGCUGGGGACACUGCCAAUACCAGGGACACUGCUCAUACUUGUAUGGUGAAUGUCACACAAGCUUGA